UUGUUGCACUACGCGCUCCUAACUUUCAAAUUCGCUCCCGAUCGAACGUUACGAGACAUCAUGCUCAACAAGAAGAUUGUCUUCGCUAUUGCCGUGGUGCUGGCCAUGGUCUGUUUGGCCGAAGCUCGUGAGGACGGCCCUCAUGAUAUGGCUGAUGCUCUGCGCAUGCUGCAGGAGCUGGACCGUCUUUACACUCAGGCUGCUAGACCAAGGAUUGACCGCCGUGACGUUGCGGAUGGAGAUCGCGUCGACCCAGACUUGUUAGAUCGUGCCGUGCGGCUCCUCCAGCUGCAGAAACUAGACCGCAUUUACUCCUACCACACCCGACCAAGGUUUGGCAAACGCUCUGACGCUUUCUCCAACUGGGCUAAGGAUCUAGAAAAGCCGGAUAUACCCGCUUGGCUGGCCUAUGCCAGGAGAUGAGGGGCGCAACGUCAUCGAGUCCACAUAUAAACUUAACAAUGUACUAUCAUAAACGCAACACUAAAUGGUUUUACAAUAGCUACUAAUACUAUUUCAAUUUGUCAUGUAAUCUUUGAUCCAAUUGUUAAUCACUUCAGUUGAGCUUUUAUUUCAAUGAACUAAGCCCUUUAUUAUUUGUAGGUACUUAGUAUUUCUAAUCAUAUAGUAACCGUAGAUAGUAUUAGUCAAUAACAUCAAUUGUACCAUUUCAAUUAAUCAUUAUAAUGUUAUAAAUA